CAUCAUUACUAACCAGAUUGAGCGAUCGAAGGUGAGCAAGCAAGCAUGAACAGCAUCAACAGAGCGGGGAGCAUUGGCGGGGGCAGCAUGCAGGGGAGCUUCAGGGGGAGCCUCCACUGGACGGCCUCCUCGCGGCGGACGCUGUCGGCCGACAUCUUCGGACGGUCGAGCCGCGACGAGGACGACGAGGAGGCCCUCAAGUGGGCGGCUCUCGAGAAGCUGCCCACCUACGACCGCAUGCGGAAGGGGAUCAUGAGAGGAGAAAGAGACGAAGGGCAGGAGGUGAACAUCCACGACCUCGACGUGCAUGACCGGAAGAGGCUGCUCGAGAGGCUCGUCCGGACGGCCGAGGAGGACAACGAGAGGUUUCUCCUCAAGCUCAGGAAUCGAAUGGAAAGAGUUGGAAUCGAUAACCCAACAAUCGAAGUCAGGUUCGAGCAUCUCGACGUCGAAGCAGAGGCCUACGUGGGGAACCGUGGCGUUCCCACAUUUUUCAACUUCUUCUACAACAAAAUCAUGGACGUGCUGAGUUACCUGCACAUCGUUCCCAGCGGAAAGAGGCAGAUAUCUAUCCUUCACGACAUAAGUGGAAUCAUCAGACCCUGCAGGAUGACCCUGCUUCUAGGGCCUCCAGGCUCAGGGAAGACUACCAUGCUGCUAGCUUUGUCAGGGAAGCUCGAUUCGACUCUGAAAGUAAGUGGAAGAGUGACUUACAAUGGCCAUGAAAUGGAUGAGUUCGUGCCACAGAGGACCUCAGCUUACAUCGGGCAGCAUGAUCUUCACAUAGGGGAAAUGACAGUCAGGGAGACACUGGCUUUCUCUGCGAGAUGCCAAGGAGUUGGAACUCGUUAUGACAUGCUGACAGAGCUAUCGAGAAGAGAAAAGGAAGCCAAUAUCAAGCCAGAUCCUGACAUUGAUGUCUACAUGAAGGCUAUAUCAGUUGAAGGUCAGGAGAGUGUGGUUACUGAUUACAUUCUCAAGAUCUUGGGUUUGGAAAUAUGUGCUGAUACAAUGGUAGGUGAUUCAAUGAUAAGGGGGAUCUCUGGCGGACAAAAGAAGCGUGUCACAACAGGUGAGAUGCUUGUCGGACCGGCAAAGGCUCUGUUCAUGGAUGAGAUCUCGACUGGCCUUGAUAGCUCCACGACUUACCAGAUCGUAAACUCCCUUCGACAAUCGGUUCACAUCCUCGGUGGAACUGCACUCAUUGCAUUGCUUCAACCAGCUCCAGAAACAUUCGAAUUGUUCGAUGACAUUGUUCUACUCUCCGAGGGGCAAAUUGUGUAUCAGGGUCCUCGAGAGUUCGUUCUCGAUUUCUUUGAAGCGAUGGGCUUCAAGUGCCCUGAAAGGAAAGGUGUUGCAGACUUCCUGCAAGAAGUCACUUCGAGGAAGGACCAACACCAGUAUUGGGCAAACAAAGGCGAGCCACACAGGUACAUUCCGGUCAAUGAGUUUGCAGAAGCCUUCCAGUCAUUCCACAUUGGCCGAAAGCUUGGAGAAGAGAUCGGUGUCGAAUUCGAUAGGGGAAGGAAUCAUCCCGCUGCACUGGCUACUUCAAAGUAUGGGAUCAGCAAGAUGGAGUUGCUGAAAGCUUGCAUUUCGAGGGAAUGGCUGCUGAUGAAGCGCAACUCGUUUGUAUAUAUCUUCAAAGUAGUCCAGCUUGUAAUUCUCGGAGCCAUUGCAAUGACAGUCUUCCUUAGGACAAAGAUGCAUCAUGAUUCAGUGGAGGAUGGAGUUAUCUUCUUCGGCGCCAUGUUUCUUGGAUUGGUGACUCAUCUGUUUAAUGGCUUCGCUGAACUUGCUAUGAGUAUUGCCAAACUUCCCAUAUUCUACAAACAAAGGGACCUUCGGUUCUAUCCAUCAUGGGCAUAUGCAAUGCCUACAUGGAUUUUGAAAAUUCCCAUAUCGUUCUUGGAGUGUGCCGUUUGGAUAGCCAUGACAUACUACGUCAUCGGGUUCGAUCCAAACAUGGAAAGAUUUUUCAGGCACUAUCUUCUGCUAGUCUUGAUCAGUCAGAUGGCAUCUGGGCUAUUCAGGCUUCUUGCGGCUGUUGGGAGGGAAAUGGUUGUUGCAGAUACAUUUGGAUCCUUUGCUCAGCUUGUUCUUUUGGUUCUUGGUGGAUUUCUAAUAUCUCGCGAUGAUAUCAAGAAAUGGUGGAUUUGGGGCUACUGGUCAUCUCCUCUGAUGUAUGCACAAAACGCCAUUGCAGUGAAUGAGUUCCUCGGCCAUAGCUGGCAAAAGGUUGUUUCAGAAGUGAGCAAUGUUACACUGGGAGUCCAAAUCCUCAAGGCUCGUGGGAUCUUCGUCGAUUCAAACUGGUAUUGGAUCGGUGUAGGUGCACUGCUCGGAUACAUCUUCUUGUUCAACAUCCUCUUCGUGCUCUUCCUCGACUGGCUCGACCCACUAGGAAAGGGUCAAGCAGUCAUCUCCGAGGAGGCACUGAAGGAGAAACAAGCAAAUAGGACAGGCGAAAGCAUCGAAUUAUCGCCUGCAGGAACCAGUAAAGGUUUUGAAGCUUCCACAGGGAACACAAAGAAAGGAAUGGUGCUGCCUUUUGCUCCUCUUUAUAUCACCUUCGACAAUAUCGAAUACUCUGUCGACAUGCCACAGGAAAUGAAAGACAAGGGCAUCGAAGAAGAUCGGUUGAUGCUACUGAAAGGUGUUAGUGGAGCCUUCAGGCCAGGAGUUCUUACUGCACUGAUGGGAGUGAGCGGAGCAGGGAAGACCACCCUCAUGGACGUGCUGGCCGGCAGGAAAACUGGUGGCUACAUCAAUGGAAGCAUCUGCAUCUCCGGCUAUCCCAAGAAACAAGAGACGUUUGCUCGAAUCUCUGGUUACUGCGAGCAGAAUGAUAUCCACUCUCCUCAUGUCACAGUCUACGAGUCUCUUCUCUACUCUGCCUGGCUUCGGCUGUCGCCUGAAGUAGAUGCUGAAACAAGAAAGAUGUUCAUCGAAGAAGUCAUGGGAUUGGUAGAGCUAACUUCACUGAGAGGAGCACUGGUAGGGCUUCCUGGCGUUAAUGGUUUAUCGACCGAGCAGCGUAAAAGGCUCACCAUUGCUGUCGAGCUCGUCGCCAAUCCCUCCAUCAUAUUCAUGGACGAACCGACUUCAGGGCUGGAUGCGAGAGCAGCAGCCAUCGUGAUGAGAACGGUGAGGAACACUGUGGAUACCGGAAGGACUGUCGUCUGCACCAUUCACCAACCGAGCAUCGACAUCUUUGAAGCUUUUGAUGAGCUCUUUUUGAUGAAACGAGGAGGGGAAGAAAUCUACGUCGGCCCCUUGGGACGUGAUUCCUCUAAUUUGAUCGAGUACUUUGAGGGAAUCGAAGGAGUCAGAAAAAUAAAGCAUGGCUACAAUCCUGCGACAUGGAUGUUGGAGGUUUCCACCAUGGCACAGGAAGAGAUUUUAGGCGUUGACUUCGCUGAAGUAUACAAAAACUCUGAUUUAUACAGGAGAAACAAAGCUUUAAUCAGUGAGCUGAGUGCGCCUCCUCCUGGUUCAAAAGACCUGUUCUUUCCCACAAAGUACUCGCAAUCCUUUCUCACGCAGUGCAUGGCUUGUUUGUGGAAGCAGCACAAGUCAUACUGGCGAAAUCCAUCUUACACUGCCACAAGAAUUUUCUUCACGACAGUCAUCGCCUUGAUCUUCGGAACGAUCUUCUGGAGACUCGGAAAGAAAGUGACUACGAAGCAAGAUCUGUUCAACUCCUUGGGCUCCAUGUACGCCGCAGUCCUCUUCAUCGGAAUACAAAACGGCCAAACUGUGCAGCCGAUCGUCGAUGUAGAAAGAACUGUUUUCUACCGGGAGAAGGCGGCCGGAAUGUACUCUGCUCUUCCUUACGCGUUUUCUCAGGUGUUGAUAGAGGUUCCUCACAUCUUCCUUCAGACUGUAAUCUAUGGGCUCAUUGUCUACAGCAUGAUUGGUUUCGAGUGGACAUUAGAGAAGUUCUUUUGGUACCUCUUUUUGAUGUUCUUCACCUUCAUGUACUUCACGUUCUACGGCAUGAUGGCGGUGGCCAUGACGCCCAACAGUGACAUUGCGGCCAUCGUCUCCACUGCAUUCUACGCGAUAUGGAACAUUUUUGCUGGUUUUCUUGUUCCUCGACCUAGGAUUCCAGUGUGGUGGAGAUGGUACUCUUGGGCUUGCCCCGUCGCGUGGACAUUGUACGGACUAGUGGCAUCGCAGUUCGGCGACUAUGAGCAGACGAUGGACAAUGGCGAGAAGGUGCAGGACUUCAUCGAGAGGUUCUUUGGGUUUCGGCAUGACUUCUUAGGCGUGGUGGCAGUUGCAGUGGUGGGUUUCACGGUGCUGUUUGCGUUUGUGUUUGCAUUUUCGAUCAAAGUUUUCAACUUCCAAAGAAGAUGAGCAGAGCAGGACAAUUCAUCCAGAGUCAAUGAACAUUGUCUAUAAUAUGAAACAUUGUGGCAGAUUGUUACUAACUAUUCUUAGCAGUAGAAGUUGAGA